GGCGGGUCUCUCUGCGGCGGCUCGUCCUCUUAUCUGAGACGGGCCGAUCGUCUCUGGGCCUCGACUCAGAGAAACACACUCAGGACUGAGAUGCAGAUGGCGGCGGCGGCGAGCGUGGCAGAGCGAGGCGUUGGGGCCGUUCUCGGGGCGGCGGUGGCAGAUGCAGCGGCUCAGCCCACGCACUGGAUCUACAAACCCGACCGACUCACCGAGGUUCUGUCUGAGCUCGAGCCCAGUCCGGAGUUCAGACCCGAGUCGGCCAAUCCGUUUUACAGGAGGAGGACGGGGGAGCAGACGUGCUACGGAGACCAGGCCUACGUCCUACUGAAGUCUCUCAGCCAACGAGGAGAUGUCGACGUAACAGACCUGACCGAGCGUUUCUACGAGUUCUUCGGUCCCGGGACAGUUUACGACCUGCCUCUGAACGACCCUUACAGGCAGAAAGGAGGUCCCAAAGCCGUCCUGCCCAUCGACGGUCCCUGGAGACACAGCAGUCUGAAGCACUUCCUGAAGAACGUGGACGCCGGCAAAGAAGAGACAGGCUCUGAGACGGACUGCCAGAUUGACGGCGUGACCAAACUGGCGCCCCUAGUGGCCAUGUUCGCGGGACGUCCUGAGAUGUUGGACAAAGUGGAGACGGCGGUGAGAGUGACCCAGAACGACGACAUGUGCGUCGCCGUGACUUUAGCCGCAGCGAGGAUUCUGGAGCACUUCAUCCUAAAUGGUCCCGAUCCAAAUGUCCUGAACGUCGUCCUGGAUCAACUGAAAGAUCCAAACAGGAAGAACCCGCAAGACCUGGACAACGCCGUCAUCGGUCAACUGAAGGAAGUGAAGGAGAAACUGUCCAAGACGACACAGGAACUGAUACCAGAAGAGUUUACAAACACAUGAGCUUUGCCCGGUGCACUCCAGGGGGCGCUCCACGGGGUCCUGACGCAGACACGGCUGGACGAGGCUGUGAGGGACACCAUGCGCCGCGGGGGGUGCACCGCCAGCCGCGCCGCCUUCAUCGGGGCCUGCUUCGGGGCUCAGACCGGACUCGAGGGAAUCCCGGAGUCUUGGAGGAAGCGAACGUUCAGAUAUCCUGAGCUGCUGGAGCUCGCCCGGAAUGUGGUCGCACGACAUCAAACGGACAAAUAAAUCUAAAACAUCACACGUCCGUAUUUACACUAGACCUGUCACAAUCAGACUUCAACAUGAGUCAUUUAUUCUGUUUAUUCUUCUUUGCUCUGAUGAGAAAUAUUUGAUUAUUUUUCUUUAACACAAUGAGAUUUGAUCUGCAGACGAUUCAAUUAUGAACUUUUAUUUAAUUUAAUACGAUUUUUUUUUUUAUAAAGCUCAUUAAAAAACUAAAAAAACAACUUAAAUUUAAGACCAAAACACGACAACACGACAAAAACAUAAACACAAACCAACUGAAUAAUUUAACUUUAACUUUUAACGACUUAUUUCAGGUUUUAUUUCUCAGUUUUUGGGGGAUAACAUUUAUAUUUGUUGAUUUAUUUUUACUUCAGUGACAUAAAGUACUUCAGAUUGUUGACUGUGACAGACCUAAUACUUUUUAAAUGUACUUCUUUGAGUACUUUUACACACAGCUGCUUUUAAAUGACAGGAUUAAAACAGAUUUAUGUUUGUUUUUUAUUUAAAUUGUAGAAGUUUAAAUCUCAGCUGCUUCACCACAAAAGCUCAGUUUGAUUUUUCUUUUUUCUUUUUUUUGUUCAGUUUGAGUCAAAACGUGAGAAAAACAGAGGAGGAAGAAGUAUUAAAGUACUGCACUGAAGUGGAGCUUUGUGGUACUUUACUUAAGUACAUUUUACAGUGUGUACUUUUACUUUUACUCGAGUACAUUUGAGAGCAGUAUCUGUACUUUCUACUCCACUACAUUUUGGAACAGGAAAAGUAAAAGUUUAAGUUUCGACUUUGAGCAAAACAAAAAUAAAUUCACAAAAUUCACAAGAAAAGUAAAGAAAUUGAUUUAUAUUUUUACUGUUGAACAAAAUUUGUCUCAUUUUUAAUCAUUUACAGUUUAACAAAUGAAAAACACUUGUGUGAAAUACUUUUACUUUUUACUCUUUAAGUACAUUUUUAAACAGGUACUUAAACCCUUUUACUUAAGUAUAUUUUUUCAUGUGAUACUUUUACUUGAGUAACUUUUUACCUCUGCAUUUGUACUUUUCCUGAAGUAACAGUGUAGUACAGUGUAGUACAGUGUAGUACUUCUUCCACCUCUGCUGAUCAAAUACCUCUGUGUAUUACUUUGAUUUUAUAAAAGUAUUUUGUACUCUGAAUAUCACCAAAUGAAAGAGUAACUGUACCAGAUUACAGUUACUCUAAAUGAGUACUCAGAGUACAAAUACUGAUGUGUUCAGUUAUUCUUUUUAUUUGCUUUUAGUAAACCUAUAAUAUUAAACUCCCAUAAUGCACUGCUCUGAUCUGAUGUUUCCUCGUCACACACAGACCUGGAGUUGUGUUUGUUUCAUUCACACAUGUUUAACACACAAACCCAACUGAAAACACUCUGUUCCACCUUGUGAUGUCAUCAUGUGGUGAUACAGGAAGUGCUCCACUGUGUUUUUAAACUCCACACACUUUUGUUCUGGAAUUUCUAAUCUCCUCUCUCUUCUCUCUCUCCCUUCCCUCUCUCCUCUCCUCUCUCGCUCUUUCUUCUUUCUCUCCUCUCUUUCCUCUCUUUCUCUUCUCUCUCUCUGCUCUCUCUUCAUUCCCCCUCUCUCUCUUCUUUCUCUCCUAUCUUUUCUCUCUCUCUUUCCCCCUUCUCUCUCCUUUCCCUCUCUCCUCUCUGUCUCAUCUUUCUCUCCUCUCUUCUCUCUCUUUCUCUUCCCUCUCUCUUUCUUUCUCUCCUCUCUCUCUGUCUCUCUUCUCUCUCCUCUCUCUUCCCCCCCCUCUCUCUCUCUUCUCUCUCUCCUCUUCUCUCACCCCCUCCCUCCCUCUCUCUCUCUCUCCUCUCUCUCUUUUUUCUCUCUCUCAUCACUUGAAAACUCCCACUUGAUGACAUCACGAGGUGUCACUUUGCACUUUGAUGUUUUCAGAUGUUACAGACGAAUAAUAAAUGAACCAAACACAUCUCCAGGUUUGUUUUUUGACGUUUUCUGAAGUGGAUUAAACCUUUUAAAAGUGAGUUUUUUGUGACAUUUGAGUUUCAGACACGGCGGAGCUUUGACCCUGGAGUUUAUGACAGUUUUGUUCUAAAGUUUUCCACUGAAUGAAACUCGAACUUAUUUUGUCCAAGUCUCAGCUCUAAAUCUGUGUCAGCAAGAAAAAUAAAAUCGUUUUUUUCUCCCUGCU